AGAGUCAUAAGAGGGUGGAACUGACAGAGGGGGCGAGGUUGUCAGGGAAAGGGAAAUGAAGGAGUAAGCAAGACUGUGCCUGCAACACAGAUUGACUCUCUCAGAAUACAGCUGACAUUAAAAGAAGACAGACAUGGUUGGAGACAAACUGGAGGAAAGAACAAGGAGCGAGUGAGGAAAACAACAAGCCAUCAGCAGCCAACCUUGGCCACCUUAUCUUUUCCAUCUAUAUACGGAAACCACUGGAUAAUUUAUAAGCCUCUCCCUCUCGCUCAGUGUGAGUGUGUGUAUGCGAGAGAGAGGGGGGAUUUGCUGAGCUCACCACCACCAUGCUGUGUCCUGCUGCUGUCAGUGCAGCUGCUGCGGCUGUCUGGCUGCUGGCAGUGCUGGGCCCAGGCCUGUCUCUUCCAGCUGAGGACAACUCAGAGCCAGGCUUCAACCUCUGCAGCCACUGCUUCUACAGACAGACACCUCCUCAGGGAGCCUCUGCAGGGCCACUGCUGCGCCCACUCUGCCACAGACUGCCUGGGGGACAGGCGUUUGCCACUCUGUCCAAACCGACCUGUGACACAGCUGUCUACUCUGCCUUCCAUGUCAGCCAUGGAUGGACAGAGAGAGAGGAGGGGGGAGAGCUUGUGGCAGUACCAGCCCUUCUCAGAGGAAGCGGGGAUCCAUCUAAUCCUGUUUCCCCUAUUCAACACUGGGACUCAACAGUCACAACACUGGUCCAGUCGAGCAUCAUGCCCCAGUGCAGCUCGUUAGGGGGUGAACUCUACAUCUUGACCGGGGUGGGAAGUCUCGGGGCUGCUGAGGAUGGAGGCGAGGAGUGUCAAACGAAGCCACUGUGGUCUGCCAUGUGCUGCGCUGUCCCCGAGGGAAAGAGUGGCUUCAGUGUGGGGUUAAUCAGAGAGGCAGGGGAAGGGGGGAGGCAAGUGAGUGUGAAGGAGCUGGAGGAGAUGCUAGGAGUGGCAGAGCUGUUCUCAGAAGGCUGUGGAGGAACAGAUGGGGAGACUGUUGGAAUCACAGCAGGUCUUCACGAUGAAGGGCUUCCUGGAAAUAUAGAAAAGCUGGAUGCAGAUCUUACUGGUGAAAACACAGCAGCUAAUGAGGCAGAUUCAGAUACCACCAGCCAAGAUUCAAAUGAAGACAUUAAGGAAAGCAGAGGGGGAAUGGUCACUGGAGAACAGGUGGCUGGUGUUGAUGCUCAGCCAGAGGAAGCUGAUGAUGCUGACAUCACACAAGAAACUUCAGCGGACGCAGCGACUUCAAAGGGUAGCAGUGAAGAGCAGCAUGAUGUAACACAUUCAAGAUCUGCCAGAUCAGAGUCUCCUGAGGCCUCAGCUGAAUAUGAAACUGUGGAUGAACAAGAGACAGACACAAAUUCCACCAGUACUCUGGUCUACAUCCUUUCCACCACCAUGUUCAUCCUUAAAGCUCCACUGUGGCCUGUGUUCUCCAUAAUCACACAGUUACCUGGACAGGUGACAUACGUUCUUCAGGAAGACCUUGGAGUACUGUCUGCCCUGCCUGGAGAUACCUUCUCCCUGGUCCAUCUCUUGACCUCUGACCUCUUGUCCUGGAUGGGCUCAGCUGCAGAACUGCUACUGGGUAUUGGGGAAACAUGCUUCUUCGGCAUCUACUUCUGCUCCUCCUCCAUGCUGGAAGCCCUGCUGAACAGCUGCUACACUGGGGUCACUGGCAUUGGGACCCUGGCUGGGGACACAGUGGGGAUAUUUGGUGAUGCGUUGGAUAAUGGUUGGUGGGUGACGAAGUUCUUUGGAGGGCGGCUGUGGGAGCAGAGCGAGGGGUAUGUAGGUACAGUGAUGUCAGAAAUGGGGGGUCAGGCGAAAGCUGUGGGUGGUGGGUUUGGGAAGCUGGUGUGGAGAAGUGGAAAUGGGGUGAGUAAUGUGUUUAGGCUGGGAGGAGGAAUAAUAAUGGGUGUGGUGGAUAUGGUCAUUGGUGCAGUGAGAGGGGCUUUUGGCCAGGAGUCAGAGUGAAAAGUGGAGGAAAAGUCCAGACUCUACAUGACGCCAUUAGUAGCAAACCUUUUGAAAUGUUUUCUCCAGUUUUGGUUUGUAAAUUUCUUAAGCACAUAACAGUGUAAAAAAAGGGGGAAACUAUUUCAAUUUAAUAUGCCUUAGUUGUUAUAAAAGGAUUGUAAUCCACACUUACACUGUAGGUCUUACACUUGACUGUGGCUGGCUGUGCAAAUAAUCUGCUGUAUGUGAGAGCUGGUGACCCAACUGUGAUUUUGAAAACACUGUGCACAAGGCUUUUGGAUGUAAUUAUUCAAAAUAAUUCUUGUAUGAUAAUUGUUAUGUUUGCUUACGUGUACAUUUGAAUAAAAGAAAAUGCUCGCUUAUUGUA